CAAACAGCACAGCUUGACGGUUGAGCCGGCAUCUCCGCUCAGACCUUCACAGGCGAACCCCACCCGCGAGCCCUUGUCGUCGGACCAGCAGACUUUCAAUCGCCAUCACACCUAGACUGUGGCUGCAGCGCGCCAAAGCUUGAUCCGAUCUGCGACGCCUAAGCUAGCCGAGGGGCCGACCCAGCCCAGCCGCUCUCCGAACUCUCCGUCCGCCACCACGAGCAGAGCACAGCCUCCCGCCUGGGUCUAUGCAUCCUCCAUCCGGCGCCGCCGACGACGACGGAGACGCGGCCGCUGCAUCGCACUCGACACCGCCCGCCACCGCCGCCCAGGGCGCCAGCGCCGCCAAGCGCAGGCACCGCGUCGACUCGAACCCGCUGGCCAGCUGGGGGCCGCUGGCCUCGUCGACCCCGGACCCCAAGAGACCCCGCCCCGAGGCCAUGAUGAGCGCCAAGGCCAUGGGCAAGCGCCCAGCCACCGACGCCGCCAUGGUCGACCUCACCCGCCCCGACCCCGGCUUCCACCACCACCGCCACCACCACCAGCAGCUGCCCCUCAACCACAGGCCGCCCGCCGGCUUCCAGCCCCACGCCGGCCCGCGCAAGCUCGUCGUCAAGAACCUGCGCGCCGCCCCGCGCCCCUCGGACCCGGCCGUCCAGGACUACUACCGCCGCGCCCGCGACGACCUCGAGGCCGCCCUCGCCGAGGUCUUCCGCGAGCGCCGCCCGCGCCUGCCCCUCGACCGCCUCUACCGCGCCGUCGAGGACAUCUGCCGCAACGGCGAGGCCGCCAAGCUGUACGACAUGCUCCGCGAGCGCUGCGAGGCCUACCUGCACGACGUCGUGCUGCCCAAGAUCACGGCCGAGGGGGCCGCGUCCUCGCUCCGGAUGCUGUCCACGGUCCACCGGUACUGGGAGGAGUGGAGCGCGCAGUCGACCACGGUACGGUCAAUAUUCAGCUACCUCGAUAGGACCUUCCUGCUCAAAAACAACAAGGAGUACAUGGUGCUCAACGACCUCUUCAUCAACCUCUUCCGCCGGACCGUGUUCCCCAAGAGCAAGGCCCCAAUGUUCCCCAAGAGCAAGGCCCCAGAAAGCUCGCCGCCCGGGACCAAGGUUCUAGAUGGCAUGUGUCAGCUCGUGCAGCUCGACCGCACCGAAGACAAAGGCUUCGACCCGAAGCUGCUGCAGGAGUCGGUGAACAUGAUGCACGUGUUUAACUUGUACGGCAAGCUGUUCGAGCGGCGGCUCCUCGAGGAAUCGGAGAAGUAUUUUUUGGAGUUCUCGGAGGAGCGCAGCGAGGGGUGCAGCCUCAAGGACUACAUUGGGGCCGCCCGCGACCUCCUCCAGCGCGAGGGCGACCGAUGCAACAUCUACAACCUCGACAGCACCACCAAGAAGCAGAUCAUAGACGUCAUACACCGCAUAGUUGUGCGGGAUCACGCAUCCAAGCUCCUGAGCGACGAGGACGUGGGGCGGCUGAUCGACGAGUGCGAGGUAGAGUCACUGCACGCGCUCUACGAGCUGCUGCAGAUGACUGGCCUCCACAGCCGGCUGCGGGGCCCCUGGGACCGAUACAUCAGCACCCAGGGCUCCGGCAUAGUCAACGACGUUGCCCACACUGACGAUAUGGUGGUCAGGCUGCUGGUCCUCCGGCGGAAGCUGGACGUCGUGGUAAGAGAUGCAUUCGUUGGCGACGAAGAGUUUACGUAUUCCAUGAGGGAGGCCUUUAGGAGAGUAAUCAACGCCAAGCCUACAUGGGCGACAGCGACGACUUCGAGGGUGGGCGAGAUGGUGGCCAAGUAUACCGACAUGUUGCUGCGCGGCGGGCUCAAGGCAUUGCCGGCGGCGCUCAUAUCGGACCACAAGGACCGCGCGGUAGCGGAGCGGACUGGCGUCUCAACGAGUGGGGACGAGGACGGCGAGCUUUCGCGCCAGCUGGACAAGGCGCUCGAGCUGUUCCGGCUCAUCGAGGGCAAGGACGUUUUCGAGGCCUUUUACAAGCGCGACCUCGCGCGGCGGCUGCUGCUGGAACGAAGCGCCAGCCAGGAUGCGGAGCGUGACAUGCUCGCCAAGCUGCACGAUGAGUGCGGCUCUACCUUUACGCACAACCUGGAGCAGAUGUUCAAGGACCAGGCGCUAGGCAAGGAGGAGCUGUCGGCCUACAAGCAAUGGCGGGACGGCUCCAAGACGUCGCUGGCCAAGAUCGACCUCGACAUCAGCGUGCUCUCGUCGGCGGCGUGGCCCAGCUACCCCGACGAGCCGACCGUGACGCUGCCGCCCGGGGUGGCGCAGAACCUGGCUCACUUUGAGAGCUACUACAAGGGCAAGCACGAGGGCAGGCGGCUCACGUGGAAGCACAGCCUCAGCCACUGCGUCAUCCGGGCCACGUUCCCUAGGGGACUCAAGGAGCUGGUGAUGAGCGCCCAUCAGGCCGCGGUCCUGGUGCUAUUCAACAACGUGGGGCUGGACGAGCCGCUGACGUACGGCGAGGUCGAGCAGGCGUCCCGCCUGACGGGUAACUUGCUGGAUCGGACGCUGCAGUCGCUGGCGUGCGGCAAGGUGCGGGUACUGGUCAAGGCGCCUAAGGGCCGCGACGUGGCCAAGACGGACACUUUCACUGUCAACAAGUUGUUCGCGGACCCCAAGAUUCGCGUCAAGAUCAACCAAAUCCAGCUCAAGGAGACCAAGCAGGAGAACAAGGAGACGCACGAGCGGGUGGUGGCGGACCGGCAGUUCGAGACGCAGGCGGCCAUUGUGCGCAUCAUGAAGAGCCGCAAGACGAUGCCGCACGCCCAGCUCGUGGCCGAGGUGAUCGAGCAGACGCGCCGCCGAGGGGCUAUGGACCCGGUCGACAUCAAGGUCAACAUUGAAAAGCUCAUCGAGAAAGACUAUAUCGAGCGCGAGGGCAACUCGUACACGUACCUGGCAUGAGCGCAUCGGCCUCUCUCGGCCGGGAUAUACUGCCAAUUAUUACAGGCUACUAUCGACCUACACUGCUUGUUGCCCCUUGAGACGGGCUAGGAUAGACAAUGCAUGAAAUCAUGAUACGAUACGACGCACGCAUGGCAGAGGCGCAUGCCGACACAAUAAACAGGGCUUUUGCUUAUUUUUGUCGGUAGAUGUGACUUGCAACCCAUGUCGACAAUGGAACAGCAUUCCAUCCCUUGGGAUCCACACUGAAAUCACAUUCCCAAGUUCCACUAUUCUCGAGAUGUGUGUGGGUCUACAAGCUAAUGUCCCUGCGCUGGUGGUGCGAGUGCGGGGU